AUGCCAGUCAAACCCAUUGGGUGGAUAUGUGGGCAUGUGUUGAAGAACUGUUCUGGAAAAAUGGAGGGGAUCCAGAAAGUAAUUAUGGACCUUAUAGAUGAGUUUAAAGAUGAACUUCCUACCAUCCUAAGAUUAUCACAAUCUAAUCAGAAAAGAGAACCUGUGCAGAAAAAAUCCAGAAUGGCUAUCACUUUAGCCAAGAUCAAUCGGAGAGCAUUAAUUCAAGGAUUAAACAACAUAUCCAGAUCUUCCCAGUCAGUGGCCAAACUUCUGCAUCCUAAGCUUACAUGUAGAAUUUUGGAGUUAAGGGACAUAUCUUGUCGUCUGCUGAGAGAAAUUAAUGCACCAAGUCAACCAGUAUAUAACAUUCAGGUCAGAAAGUGUUCUUUGUGUGAUAUCGUUUCCUUUCCAGCAAAGACUGCUUUAACUAGCAUAAUAUAUGCUUCAUAUGCAGCACUAAUUUAUUUGGCAGUCUGCAUUAAUGCUGUGUUGGAGAAGGUAAAGCACAUUUUCCAAGAAGAAGAAUCCAUAAGGCAAAACACAGAGAGUGAAAAUUUUAGAAAAGCCUUUUCAGAGCCUGUGAUUUUGGAGCCUGCAUUUCCUGAAGGUGAAAUCAAAGCAAAACCUUACAGGUCAUUGUUGGAGAAGCCAGACAACAUUUCAGAUCUCCCCAAGCUUCCUGCUAAUAAGCAGAGUAAUAAGAUCCAGGUUUUACAUUCGGUGUUUGACCAAUCAGCUGAAAUAAAUGAAGAAAUCUAA